AUUUGACCGAGUUUUUUUAUCUCUCCCAAAUCCAAAUAUGAAUCCACAAGAAAAGUACUAAAAAUAGCAGAUAAAUUGUAACAAAAAUGACCCUUUUGAAAAUAGAUAAAAAAAAAACUUUUUUUUAUAAUUUCACUGGCAAAGCGACGAUUUCUACUAGUCGUUGGAGUCACAAAGCGACAAUUUCUAUGGGCCGAUCGUAAAAUCUCUAUAUUUGUCGUCAUGUCCGUCUACAACGCGGCCUUUUAAAGGCCCAUUAAUCUCAAUUUCAAAAAUUACGUAAAAUCGUUUCCAUUAUUUCUCACAAUCAUAUCUUCUCCGUCGCCGCCGCCUCUUUUAUUCACAAUGUCGUGCUUCAAAUCCAAAUUCGCCGGUAAAUCUUACUUCCGCCGUACUUUUCAUUCUUCGAUCAUCCAGUUUCAUCCACAAUUAUCAAUUCUAAUUUGGCAUCGUCGUUAUUCAAUCAUUAGAACCUGUAAGGAAUUCAAAAGUAUCCUCUGAUUCGUUUGCUCGAAUCGAUUUUGUUCAAGUUUCAUCAAUCGUGGUUCUCUGCCAAUUCCAUCUCUUUUGUUACAAAAUUGCUUUGAUCAUAGCUCGAAGACUGUUCAAUUCCUAAAUCAAAAUUCACCUGAAUCUCGUUUUUGUCCGAUCUUCUUCACAGAUGAGCUCAUCGCCAAUGCCGCUUACAUAGGAACACCAGGGAAAGGUAUUCUCGCUGCUGAUGAAUCCACAGGAACAAUCGGAAAACGUUUCGUAAGCAUUAACGUUGAGAACGUUGAAUCAAACAGACGUGCUCUUCGUGAGCUCUUGUUCACCACUCCUGGAGCUCUCCAAUACAUCAGUGGUAUCAUUCUCUUCGAAGAAACACUCUACCAGAAAACUGCUUCAGGGAAACUAUUUGUUGAUGUAAUGAAGGAAGCUGGAGUGCUUCCAGGUAUUAAAGUCGAUAAAGGAACCGUUGAGCUCGCUGGUACAAAUGGUGAAACCACAACCACUGGUCUCGACGGACUUGGUGACCGUUGCAAGAAGUACUAUGAAGCUGGUGCACGUUUUGCCAAGUGGCGUGCUGUUCUCAAAAUCGGAAACAAUGAGCCUUCUGAGUUAGCUAUCCAUGAGAAUGCUUAUGGUUUAGCGAGAUACGCAGUUAUUUGCCAAGAGAACGGUCUUGUUCCCAUUGUUGAACCAGAGAUUCUUGUUGAUGGAUCUCAUGACAUUGAGAAAUGUGCUUAUGUCACGGAACGAGUCCUUGCGGCUUGUUACAAGGCUCUUAGUGAUCACCAUGUGAUCUUAGAAGGAACACUCUUGAAACCAAACAUGGUUACUCCAGGUUCUGACAGUGGUUCUAAAGUUAAACCCGAAGUGAUCGCCAAGCACACGGUCCGUGCUUUACAAAGGACUGUUCCUGCAGCAGUUCCAGCCGUUGUGUUCUUGUCUGGAGGACAGAGUGAGGAAGAAGCAACUGUGAAUUUAAACGCCAUUAAUCAGCUCAAAGGGAAGAAACCAUGGAGCUUGACGUUUUCGUAUGGACGUGCGCUUCAACAGAGUACACUCAAGGCUUGGGGAGGUAAAGAGGAGAAUGUGGACAAGGCUCAAAAGGCGUUCUUGGCUAGAGCCAAGGCUAACUCUGAAGCAACCCUUGGUGGCUACAAGGGUGAUGCUCAGUUAGGUGAAGGUGCGUCCGAGAGCCUUCACGUCAAAGACUACAAAUAUUAAAAGGUUAUUUUCGGAAUUUCAUUAUUUUUUGGAGUUUUGGUUUUAUUGUACAGAUUAUAUAAUAAUUUGUUUUGGUGUUCUUUUUGUGGGAUUAGAUGUUUUUAGUACUAUACUUGGGCAUAUGAUAUCAGCCCUCGAAUAUCUAAAUUGUAAAGCAUUUAUGAUAAACCCUUAUCGUGGGAAGAUUUUGUUGUAAAUUAUGUAUGUAAGUUCAUAAUCUAAUAAAAAAGAAAAUUUUAUU